CUGUUGGAGUUGAAGGUAUAAAAACCUUCGGUAAUAUUCCUACUAUGAUAGAUGUUCUGUGACAUGAAUUUGUUGUUGCAGCAGCUAGUUUUUUUAAGUUGAUUUUUUCUGCUGUGUAUGCUUUACAUAAUUUAUUUAAAAAUGGUUUGUGCAUUGUAGUAUCAUCAUGUCCCAACAAGAGUUGGUUCCUUACAUUACCGAAGAAAAUAAAAGAAGAAAAAGGAAAAGGAUAGUAUUCACAAAGAUGUUUUUUGAGAUGUCAUGUCUUGCUCUAGCUUAUCUUAGUAUGCAAAGGGCACCGAAAAAUCUAGGAUGCUUCAAUGAUGAUGAGGAGAAGGUUGUAUAUAGGAAGUAUAUAUUGAAGCAAACAUAUGAUGGGUCCGAGACAAAUUGCUAUGAUAAGCUACGCUUAACUAAAAGAAACUUUCACGAUCUCUGUGCUAUGUUGCGUGAGAAGUGUGGUCUCAAAGAUAGCACGCUUGUGACAGUAGAGGAAAAUCUUGCUAUGUUCCUACAAGUUGUCGGGCAUGGAAUUAAAAUGAGAAUGUUGGGUGGAACAUACCAGCGGUCUAUAGAGACUAUCAGUAGGAACUUCGCAUCCGUGUUGUCGGCCAUCCUAUCUCUACAUAGGGAGUUCAUCAAGCUUCCUGAUCCUUCUGUCAACCCCCCUAAUGAUUACAAAUGGAAGUGGUUUGGCAAUGCACUUGGAGCACUAGAUGGAUGUCAUAUUCCUGUGUUUGUUAAUGCCGCUGACAAGGGGAGGUAUAGAAACAGAAAGCAGGAUAUCAGCACUAACAUGCUAGGUGUGGUUGACUGGAACAUGAAAUUUCUCUAUGUUCUUCCUGGUUGGGAGGGCUCUGCAUCAGACUCAAGAGUUUUAAAAGAUGCUAUGCGAAAUGACCGUCGAGAUGCAUUUGUUGUCCCACAGGGAAAAUACUACCUAGUCGAUGCUGGCUAUACAAAUGGACCUGGAUUUCUAUCUCCAUUUAGAUCUACUCGGUACCACUUGAAAGAGUGGGUUGCCAGUCAACAAAGGCCCCAAAAUGAAAAAGAGUUGUAUAACUUGCGUCAUUCUCGUGCUAGAAAUGUUGUGGAGAGAACUUUUGGGUUGUUGAAGAAAAAAUGGGCCUUCCUACGUACUUGUUCUUUCUUUCGCAUAGAAGACCAGAUACGAAUUAUUAAUGCAUGUUGUGUGUUGCACAACUAUGCAAGGGAUAGGCAACAUGUGAGAGAUGAUCUGUUGCUGCCGGAAGUGGACGCUGAACUAGCAGCCAUGACUCCUGACCCUGUAGAUGAUGCUAAUUUAAUUAGAAGUGUCCAACUAAGUGAUGCAUGGACCGAUUUUAGGCAGCAAUUUGCUGAUGAGAUGUUCGCUGACUAUCUUGUUGCGCACGCUGAACUAACAAGGGAAAAUUAG